AUGCCUCACCUGCGUCGACAACCAAAUCCGCGCGAUUAUAUAUCUAAUGAAGACAUCAACGGGCCCCGCGACCUCCGCGCACAAUUCCAGACCCCGCCAACUCGUCACACUCCCACCAACCCAACCCAUCACCACCCCUCCACCGGUCCAAAUGCUUUCACGCCCGAUCCAGUCGCACAAGCGGGUCAUCCAGCGGCAUCAAUAAAUCCGUUCAUGAUAUUUGGUAGACCGAGAGCAGACCAGCAAGCGCCGCAAGCGCCGCCAAUGAUGAGUUCCGACGAUUUUGACGAUGAUUACGAUCCGCGCGGCCACGCCAUGCAAGAGCUCGAUGAGGAUGGCGGGUACCUGGACCAGGACGAUUCCUUUGGAGAGGAUCAGGUUGAGGAAGAUCAAUUUGAUGAUGAUGACUCUGAUCUUGAAGACGAGGAAUUGGAACAAGAAGUCGAAGAUCAGUUCGAGCAAGAAGACGAAGAUGGAGACGUCGACGAGGAAAUGCGCGAUCAAGAAAAAUCACCAUCUCCCCUGCCGCCCAACUUGCGCGAAAUCUCCUCACUUGCAUCCUGGACUGUCUCAACCUCCAAACCAGGCUGCGGCGUCGAGGCUCUCCGCAACCCCUCCCCAGCACAAUACUGGCAAUCCGACGGACCCCAACCGCACACGCUCACCCUCCACUUUUUCAAAUUAGUCGCCGUCGUGCGCAUCCGAGUCUACCUCGAUUUCGAACUAGACGAAAGCUACACGCCGACAAAGAUGAUCUUCGCAGCAGGCAUGGGCGGCAACGACCUCGUCGAGUUCGCAGCCUGGGAAGGCGAGGGACCACGCGGCUGGGUCGAUGUGCCGCUACAAGGUGUCGGCGGACGAAAUGGAGGCUGGGUGCGCAAUGAUGCCGGGAAGACGAGAGGACGCUCGACGAGCUCGCGUCGACGGACAAUCGUUUAUCGGAACUGUGAUGACCCUGAUCAUGAACACGACGAUGAGUGCGAUCCGUUGUACGAUGUUGAAGACGCCAGUAGCGAGGUGGAUGAGGAUGACCCGUAUUCGGGGAAUGUGCUUAAGGCUAUGGUUAUCCAGAUGCGCAUUAUGGAGAACCAUCAGAAUGGAAAGGAUACCCAUGUUCGUGGGUUCCAGGUCUUUGCUUGUGAUGAUUCUCGCCGUCGGAUGGCGGCUGCUCCGUCGGCUUCGGCUGAUGCGAGGCGUCGGCCUUCUUCGCUGCGUGGGCUUCAUGAUCUUCGUGGGCGUGCGGCGAGUGAGGAGGUUGAUAAGGGGCUUACUAGUACUGGUCUGGAUGAACCGGAUUGGAUGGGCGAGCCAGUGAUUCGAUAA